GUGUAUAAAGUUACAGUGUUUCACUGCUUUAGUCACACUUGAUGACCGCAGCACCAUCUCAGUUAAGAGUCUCCUGGUCUUUGCUUCAAGAGUUUCCAACAGCUGUAACCUGGAUAUUGAAAAAAACACAGAAAAACUCCUGGUGAAGCAACUGAGAUCCACGUGACACUAUUAUAAAGAUGGCAUUUAUUAAAGAGGAGAGUGAAGACAUGAAGAUUGAAGAAGCUUUCAGAGUCAAACAAGAAGAUAUUGAGGAACAAACAGUACAGAGGAGUUUCCCAAUGAAUCCUAGAAUAAAAGUGGAGAGCGGGGACGUGAAGAUUGAAGAAGCAUUCAGAGUGAAAAAAGAAGAUACUGAGGAACAAACGGAUGAUAAAAGCUCAAUAAGAACUACAAUCAACAAAAGAACAUUCAUCGUACCAAAAGGUCUUCAGGUCUGCUUCCUCACAGACUCGGCGUGUUGGGAUAUCGAGCACUACUUUCCAAACGCACAAUGCUGGGUUCAUCCAGACACGACUCUUGUGAGAUCCGUUCAACAACACGUGAAACACUUUGAGAAACUGCACGACUACAGAAUAGUGAUUCUCCACAUGGGAACAAACGACAUCACAAGCGGAGCGUCUGCAUCGACUGUCGUCCAGAGAAUGAAAACUCUCAUAUCAAGAAUCUCACAAGUUAAUUCACAAAUCCUGUAUUUCGCAAUCAGCGCCAUUUUACCACGAGCGAAAGACGACUCUACAGUCAAAACUACAACCAAACAAUGCAACAGCUUGCUUCAACACUGGUCUUCACAAACAAGAAACAUUCUAUUUCUGAACACUAAAAAGGCAUUUCUCAAAAAUGGAAAAGUAAUUCAAAACCUAUACAAACACGACGGACUUCACCUGAACCAAGAAGGAAAACACAAACUUUUCUCAUACUUUCAGCGUUUCCUCUGGCAUUUUUGCCAGUUUGCAUCACAUGCAAGACGUACUUAAACAUCUCACAUCAGUGUCUUUUAACACAAACAUGACUUUGUUCAAUACAUUUGUGAAGCAAUAUGCCUCCUCAUAGAAAUAUUUGACCGAGUGGUAUAAAAAAAAUGUAAUUCAGUAAAUUUCAGUAGAAAGGAGUGACAACAUUGCUUAGGGUUGGGUAUUACAUAUCCUACAUCUGUUGUGAUUACUGUAUAAAUAUCUGCAUUGCAUGAACAUGACAGUAAAAUUAUUAAAGAAUUAAAAGGAAUGUACUUGUUAAAGGA